AGAACUGUCCAUCCUCUUAUUAUUGUCUCACACAUAAUGAGUACACCAGCUGUCCGUAACUUGUGGCUAUCAUCAUCUAGUCGAGCUGCCACUGCGGCCCUCAGUGGAAGCGUCAGGAGUUUGCAGACCUCGGCACCGAGAUUUUACUCGCAAGACGAGAUUGAUACCGCGCAGAACUUUUUCCAGCUAAUGAUGGAGGGUGAUAUCACAGGAGCCGCUAAGCUCGCGGAGCCUCAAGCAAAGCGACUUGGUAUGAACGUUGAGGAGUUCAUGGCCAAACAGGCCAGUGAACGAGCAUACCUCAUCUACAGGUUCUCAUCGGUUGAACGACAAGAAGCCAUCAAGCUUGCUAUGGAUGGGGAGGGCUUCGACCAGGGCCUUACUGAGGCCGAACGUGAAGCUAAUACAUCAGCCUCUGGAAUGGCUAUGUGCAAGCCUGAGCUAAUUCAUGAAAUACUCGAGUCGGGAGGCGAUAAGUUUUGGCUGCCCAUCUGUAAGGAGCAUUAUGAGAGGAUUGAACAGGUUAUCAAAAUGUGUCGUACGUCUCUGUCGUUUGGUGAUCUUUGUCCUGCGCCAACGAGAGACUAUCAGCUGUUGGGACGGUCAUACCCUCCUAGAAUAAUGCUAGGGAAGAGCGGGGCUGUUCUUCAAACAUACAUAUCUCGGCUCCUGGCCGGAUCGCGUUCUUUCUCCCCUCAAGCCAUGGCAAAUCACGAAGCGGCCGCCCAGCUGUUCGACUCACAACUCCGUGGUUUGGGACCGGCCGAUGGCCCCUUAGAGAAGCCUGAUGCGGAUCAAUCAGGCCGCUUACAAGAGUUCAAGGAAUGGGCGGAGGGCAGGGAAGAGGCCGCACGGAAGCAUCAGCGAUUAUUACUUCACCUUACAUGCGAUGUCUCCCGAUACAUGUUGGAACCACCAGAAGGCAGAGCUUUAAUGGAGCUAGCGAAGUUGGUUAUCACUCCAGAAAACCAAAAGGAGCAAGAGUACACCUCGGGCGUCAUUCAGUCGACUCUGGAUAUGAUGUAG